AUGACCACCGAAACUGCCUCCACAACAACAAACGGGAUAGACAAGCACAAUCUCUCUCCGCCCCCCUCCCACUCUCUCCUUCUUAACCCAGCCUCCUCCAACUCCAUAGAAGAUGACACCCCCCUCUUCUGCCCAACCUACAUCUCCCCCUCUGUCCAGGCACAGCUUCCAGAAAACUACACAAUCCGGCCCUUAAGACGCUCAGACUACACCUCCGGCUACCUGGACGUGCUCCGCGAGCUCACCAGUGUCGGCGACUUCACCAUGGACCAAUGGAAUGAGCGCUAUGACUGGAUGGCGAAGCGGAAUGAAGAGUACUUUCUGCUUGUUGUCUGCGAUGGGCAUGGGACGGUGGUUGGGACAGGGAGCCUGAUUGUUGAGCGCAAGUUUAUUCACUCGCUUGGUUUGGUGGGGCAUGUGGAGGAUAUUGCGGUGGAGAGUGGGCAGCAGGGGAAGAAAUUGGGAUUGCGCAUUAUUCAGGCGUUGGACUCUGUGGCGCAGAAGGUUGGGUGUUAUAAGAGCAUUCUCGACUGUUCAGAAGCGAAUGAGGGGUUCUACUUAAAAUGCGGUUUCAAACGUGCUGGUCUUGAAAUGGCCCAUUACUACAACCGCCCCGAGUAG